AUGGCUCUCAGGAUAAUGUCCAGUGCCAACACAGGGUGUUCUAUCAAGUGGUCGAUUGCAAAGGGAUUGGUUUGGUUGGGAUAUCGAAUGGUGUUCAUGGAUAUGGCUGUCAUCGUGCUAUCAAUUAACGAGCUUUCCAGUGAACCAGCAUCGACAGAUUACGGAUGGCAUGGGACUACGAUUCGGUUUGAAGCAAGCGCAUUUACGGUGGAAGAUAUGCAAUCCCAGAAUCGACAAGGCGUUUUCCACGGUUAUACCCUUACCAUGCCGAAAAUGGUAUUGCACUAUGUACUCUUUUGGGGGAACCAUGUCGUCUUCAAGGAACGUGUGCUCAUGAGGUUAUGGCCUAUUGCAGGACCAAUGUUUAUUGCACCUGGAUGGCGUAUGUCGUUCGAUGUCUAUGGGAUCAUUCGGAUUGGGAUGGACUACCGCAAGCAGCCUAAACCUAUGACCAAAGAGUAUAUGACGUUGUCAGCCAUGGUAGCCAUUGGGUACGCGUCACUCUAG